AUGAAGAAUACAAACAGUGCUGAUGCCAUUGCCAAUGUUGUUUUGGAAGAAUUCGCAAAAUGGCCGGCGAAGAGGAAACCGCUAAAAAGAUCGGGAGGUAAACAGGAAUGGGUUCCUUUGAGCGGGAUUGUGGCGCAAGGACGAGGUACCUUGACUUGUUUGGCGGUAGCAACUGGAAUGAAAUGUCUUCCUCAAAAUAAGAUACACCAAGCUCAAGGCACCACACUUCACGACUGGCAUGCAGAGAUUCUAGUAGUCAGAUCCUUUAACCGAUUUCUUCUUGAGGAAUGUUUCGCUUUGGUAUCUGCUGCAAAGAUUUCUUCAGACUUUAUUCGAUUAAGGAAUCCAGAGGAGAUCACUACAUCACAUCCCCAACCGUUCACAUUUCAUAAUGACUUAGAAUUGCACAUGUACUGCUCCGAAGCUCCUUGUGGAGAUGCCAGCAUGGAGCUCACUAUAGCAGCUCAGGAAGAUUCUACUCCAUGGAACCUUCCCUCAACCUCCAAACAGGUUCUAUCUCCUCAGAGCUUACUAGAUGGUCGCUCUUACUUUUCUCAACUCGGGACUAUACGUCGAAAGCCAUCGCGUCCCGAUGCGCCACCAACUCUUUCUAAAUCCUGCUCGGAUAAAUUGGCCCUAAAACAAUGUACAUCACUGCUCUCCUCAGCCGCAUCUAUCCUUAUAUCACCGGAAAACUUGUACAUUAACAGCCUCGUGAUUCCAAAAUCACAGAUGUGCGAAUCUGCUUGCAUCCGGGCAUUCUCAGUAUCAGGGCGUCUAGCACCUCUCAAAAAUAAGAUAAUUGAUAAACCAUGGAUCGGAGGCUACCAAUUUAGUCCAUUCCUCGUACUUCCAACUUCGCUAGAAUUUGCAUUUUCGCGUCGCCAAGAAUUACUGAGUUCCGGAAGCCUCGUGCCAAGCAAUCUGGCGUCCUUUUCUACCAUAAAUAGUAGCGGAACUCUAAUUGGAGGCACACUUCAAGGCCGCAAGCAAUUUUCUUCCAAAGGCUACGUGAGAAACACAUCCACAGAAAAUUUGCUAAAUGCAGCGACAUACUUCGAGCUUAAGCAAUGUGAUUCAUUAAUCAAUCGUCGUGCGAUCAAGUCCAUGGUAAGAGGUGUGCUAGGAGGAAAUCUAGGUGAACGGGCAUGGGUGCCGAAUUUUGGAGGGGAAGAAUGGCCGCUACACUGUAGCUUCUAA